AAAAAAAAGAGCGCGCGUUUUGCAGACAAAAACUAAUUUUAACGCCGGCGUGACCUUUAUAACCACAAACAAAACAUUUAUUUACGUACACGGAAUUCAGUAAACACAGGUUUGCCAUGGGAAUUUUGGGCUUAUCGAAGCUGAUAGCCGAUUUGGCUCCCCAGGCCAUACGUGAGAGUGAAAUGAAGCAUUUCUUUGGUCGCAAGGUGGCUAUUGAUGCCAGUAUGUGCCUGUACCAGUUCCUCAUAGCAGUACGCUCGGAGGGAGCUCAGCUGGCGACAGUCAAUGGAGAGCCCACAUCCCACUUAAUGGGCAUGUUCUAUCGCACCAUCCGACUGCUGGAUAACGGCAUCAAGCCAGUGUAUGUGUUCGAUGGCAAGCCGCCAGAUCUGAAGUCUGGGGAAUUGGCCAAGCGUGCCGAGCGCCGCGAGGAGGCGGAGAAGGCCCUAAAGGCGGCCACCGAUGCCGGUGAUGAUGCGGAGAUCGAGAAGUUCAAUCGUCGCCUGGUGCGAGUGACCAAAGAUCAUGCCCGCGAGGCCAAGGAGCUGCUGUCGCUCAUGGGAGUGCCCUAUGUAGACGCGCCCUGUGAGGCGGAGGCACAAUGUGCAGCUCUCGUGAAGGCUGGCAAGGUGUAUGCCACGGCCACGGAGGAUAUGGAUGCGCUGACUUUUGGAUCAACAAAGCUGCUCAGGUACCUCACGUACAGCGAGGCGCGCAAGAUGCCCGUCAAGGAGUUUAGCUACGACAAGCUGCUCGAGGGUCUGGAGGUCAACAAUCGCGAGUUCAUCGAUCUGUGCAUCCUGCUGGGCUGCGACUACUGCGAGAGCAUCAAGGGCAUCGGCCCCAAGCGAGCCAUAGAGCUGAUCAACAACUAUCGGGACAUUGAGACCAUUCUGGAUAACCUGGACACCAGCAAGUACACGGUGCCCGAGAACUGGAACUACAAAGUGGCGCGCGAGCUGUUCAUUGAGCCGGAGGUGGCCGAUGCCUCGGCCAUUGAUCUCAAGUGGACGGAACCCGACGAGGAGGGACUCGUCAAGUUCCUCUGUGGCGACAGGCAGUUCAGCGAGGAGCGUGUGCGCAACGGUGCCAAAAAGCUGUUCAAGUCCAAGCACGCGCAGACCCAAGUGCGGCUGGAUAGCUUCUUCAAAACGCUGCCCAGCACACCGAAUGCGGUGAAUGCGGCCAAGCGCAAGGCCGAGGAGGCCAAGAAGAGUGCCAACAACAAGAAGGCCAAGACCAGCGGCGGUGCGGCACGUGGCAGAAGGCCCAAAUAGUUGCUCACACUCCCAUCAUCAAAGGUACAAUUUCAUUUAAUAUUAACUUAACGCUAUUCAAAAUGCCUAAAAUUAAUAUAUAAAACUACAUCAAUCUGAGUUUA